GGCACGAAUGACGGUGUUGACUCUGUAAUCAGUGCUCAGUUUUAGCACCUGUUUCCUUAUUCCAACUCGAAAGGAAACUUUCGAACUGCAUGUUUAUCUUCUACGCGGAAAGCUAUGAAGCUUUGCAUAUUUAUAGUUUUUUUAUUUACAACAUCCUUAAAAUGCAGAAAGCCUUGAAGAAGUAUUUUGUAAACAUGGACGAGUAUCUAGCCAGCAUAGGUCUCUACAGGAAAAUGAUGGCACGAGACGCGUCCUGUCUAUUUCGAGCUGUCUCUGAGCAGAUGUAUUACUCUCAGAAUUACCAUCAAAAGAUAAGGAAAGACUGUGUCACCUUCAUGAGAGAGAACCGAUGCAACUUUGAACCUUUUGUUGAAGGGUCGUUUGAGAAGUAUCUGGAACGUCUGGAGGACCCCAAGGAAACCACUGGCCAAGUUGAGAUAAAGGCUUUGUCGUCAUUGUACAGUUUGUGUUGGCCGUGUGGCAGGCGGUGCUUCCUUGUAUACAGGUAUCCUGGGAAGCCACCAACGGAGAUAACUGAAGUAGACUACAUGGAGAAGAUUCUGCUGUGUUGCUCCAACAAUGGCCAUUAUGAUGUUGUGUACCCCAGGAACUACCCCAUCCACGCAGCUCUGUGUCAAGCCCUGUUGUAUGAGCUGCUGUACACACAAGUCCUUGGUGUCGGCGAGGCAGAGGUGCAAGGAGCCUUGGAAGGGUUCCAUGGCGGAGGUCGUCGCUAUAGGAACAGCCUGUCGGUGUGCAGUGAGGAUGCAGGCUAUGACAUCCCUGAGGACAGGGGUCAGACUCUGAGGGAUGAUUGGGAGUUCAAUGGGCACAGUCGCACAGAGGACAAAGCCCGACCCGGAGCAGAGGAAGCAAAGACUCCAGAUGGACCAGCAAAACUCUCUCUCCCGUACAAGGUGCUCAAAGCACUGGAUUCUGAGAUGUACAGAAAUGUCCAGUUUGACGUAUGGCAUGACAGUCGCAGAGAGAUGCAGAAAACUGAUUACAUGGUGUUUGCUGGAAGACAAUACUUCUUGGGAGACAAGUGUCAGGUUCGUCUAGACCCCAAAGGGAAGUAUUACAAUGCCUUCAUUCAGGAGGUGGGCACUCACCCCAGCGCUGUGACAGUGUUCAUCGAAGAGCUUGGAGAAAAACAUCUUGUGUCUCUGACUAACUUCAAGCCUGUGAACCCUGUCCCUGCCUGGAACAUCACCCCGAGCCGCAAGGGACCAUCAUACAGCCGGCCUGAGCAGUAUCCUGGAGAGAUGGAUUCAGAGUUGCGGGGCCGGCGGCGUUUCUUUAAGAAACCCAGAGGGAAGGAGAUGCUGAUGGUGGCUGGCCUGCCUCCCCGCUUUCAAUCAGGCCCUGGCGGCAUACCCCCUGGGCGUGCCCCUGGCAUGCAUGCCCCCACACCACCACCAGAGACAAUGCCCUACGAACACUAUCGGCCUCAUCUUCCACCCAGGCCCCCGCGAGGAUAUGGCCCACCCAGAAGUUCAGCCCGUUUCCUGAACAAUCAUCCCCUCGUUGGGCCGGAGAUGACAUACUACCCUCACUCAGGAAAACGCUGCUACCACAGCUUCGACAACUACUCAUUCAGGUCACGCUCUUGCAGCCGAAGCAGGCGCCAGAUCCCUGCUAUCAGCAAGGAGUGCCAGUUCAGCUACGUCUCCGAGGCUGGACAGGAGGCACAGGACAUGGAUGGAACAAUCACCUUCUAUGAGAUUGAGGGGGGAGAUGAAACUGCCUUCCCUCCCUUGUCGGGACAGACUGUAGAAAAUCCCAUGGUUCCAGCACUCCCUACAUUCUGGGUGCAGCAGGGGCCGAGCCCCAUCGCCACAUCUGGUAAACAGGCCUUGACCUCAUCAGAGGAGGACGCUGACGAGAGGAGCAAUGGUGACGACCAGGGUGAAUAUUCAGAGGAGUACAUCUAUACUGGUGAAGACACAGGGUUCCAGAGCCCAUCAGUGUAUGCUGCGGCAGAGUCCACUGCCAACCUGACCAUUGAAGAGGGAGGAUCUCGUGCUAGCUCACCACAAGAGGGCAUGGCUAGUUAUAGCUACACUCAGUCACAGCAGGUGGUGGUGAAGUCAGCAGUCAUGCCUGCACAGGCUUUAACCACAGCCCCAGCAACUAUCUUCACCUCUUCCUCUAGCAGCUCUCAGACCCUUCCAGCACCAAUUGCUUCACCCUCAAACUAUCCUCAAGGGGCUCCCAUGCCCCCACAUGCAAUGGGCAGACAAGUUUCAUCCAUUCAGGUUCCUCCUUCCUCUCCCUGGUUUGUGAAUGAGAUGGGGGAAGCGGUCAGCACCAUACCCCCUCCACCUUACUCCUAUGACUCCAACGGCAACGACCUUCCACGAGAUGGCAAGGUCCUCCAAUAUUACUUUAAUUUAGGAGUCCAAUGGUACCAGCAGAGCUAUUGGCAUUCCAUGGUACAGAUGCAGCAGGCGUAUCAGCAGCCUAAUGCAGAGCAACAGUUCCAGUCCUACUCCGGAGCCCCCCCCCCCUCUGAUCACACAGUCCCCCAGUCCUACCCAGAGACUGGGAGAGCAGGGCCUGAUGGCCAGGGAGAUGUUCUUGCCAAUGGCACCCCCCUGCCCAUGGACCCUCCCUCAGCAGGAGCCCCAGGCACAGUGUUCUACCCCUUGCUUCAGGACCAGUGCAGCCAACCCCCCCUCCACACCUACGAGCCUUAUGUUCCGAUGCUCUCUGCCACCUACCAUUACCUCACACCCUGGAACUCAGGCCCUGCCCAACCACAUGUGCACGCAUCCUACUGCCCCUCCAAUCACCCAGUCAACUAUGUCACUGCACCCACACACCCAGGGCACUUUAUUCCUCCCAGCAUGUAACCAAGCACUGGGGGAGGGAGGUGGGCCCCUCUAACUACCCACAUUCACCAUAUGUCACCCUAUGUCAUGUGUAACGUUUGUUCCACUUUUCUUCUUUUGAAGUUUGCAUGUUUUUGAAGUUUGAUGGUCAGUGGCUGUCUGAAAUGCCACCCUAUUCAAAAGUAGUGCACUAUGUUGGGCAGUGGUUCCCAUCCUUUUUCAGUUACUGUACUACCAACUGAAUUUUGCCCUGAACUACCCCCUACUGCAUUUUACCAGUAGGACAAUGGUCUCAUGAGUCUUCUCAAGUACCCCCAGAGGUACUAUUACCCCAGUUUGUGUACCACUGAUGUAGGGAAUAGGGCGCCCUUGAAAAAGUGGUGCACUAUAUAGGGAAUAGGGGUCCAUUUCAGACACCCUCUGAUCCAGUGUUUACAGAAUGUUUAAUACAUUAUUUUCAUGUUUAAUUAAUAAAACGGUUUUGUUUCCCAGAAGUCAAAAGUU